GGUACCUACCAUAGGUACCACGUCCACAAGAUAAUUGCACCAAGCAAAAACCGCCUGUCUGUCACUUCCACCAUCACCACCAUCACCAUCUCUCCUCAAAACCUGCUUCUCUCUGUCCCAUGCAAAAAUGCAUUCUCAAAGUCCAAGCCUGUCUCCGUUCCGUUUGCCACACCGGCCUGUCCAGACCAAGCGAUAUUGACGGACAUGAUGUACGGAUACUCCGGGCCAUGCCACAACAUACCGUAUGUCGGACAUAGAGUCGUACACAAAUCGCACGCUUUUGUCUCGCGUCCAGCGCCUCAAGUCCAAGAAUCGCCAACACUGAUUGUCCCGAUUCUGGCAGCCCGGCCCCAACAAUCCUCUUCGUCUUUGAUUGCCCCCUUGGCUCGACUUCAGACUCUUCCAACACAGGUACCUUUGGUCUUCGCAGUCUACGUAGUACUCCGUGGAUACGGCUACUACCUGGCCUCUUUGUGGCUUAUUGUUGUAUGA